CUUGGGCUUGAGUUUUAUUAAGGUCUCUGGUGCUAGAAUUAUUAAUGUGUUGUUGCCAGAGGAGAGUAUUGGAGGACUCUGUGCCUGAAGGUAACAGUUUAAUGGCUAACACAUUCUAGAAAUAUAAUUGAAUUAGAUUUGGAGGGAAACGGCCAGCGGGAGGCGCUGUGCAACUGCUCACAACAGCGAAGAGGAACCAGAAGAGGCGGUGUUUGGCAUGCCGGGCCUGGGGUAGCCGCUGCUCCUCCUCCGCCUGGGCGGAAGCAACUUCGCUGAGGUGGUGGCGGCCGCCACGAUGGGUCGCAAAAACAAGAAGAAUCGGCGAGACGCCGCUUCGGAACUCCGGCGAGUCAUAAUCUUCGAUGAGGAGAGUCGACGGGAAUACUUGACAGGAUUCCACAAGCGAAAGGUUGAGAGGAGGAAAAUAGCUGUGGAGGAGAUAAAGCGCAAACUAAAGGAAGAACAACAGAAGAUGAAGGAAGAGCGCCACAAGGAAUACAUGAAGAUGCUGAAAGAGCGAGAGGAAGCCUUAGAUGAGGCUGACCAGUUGGAGUAUAUGGUGACCUCACAGAAGGAGUUGGUGAACUACGAUCACCCAAACCACACAGUUACUGUUACUACAGUCAGUGACCUCGACCUCUCAGGAGCACGUCUGCUGGGGCUGGACAGUCAAGAGGAAAAUGGUGGGCAAAAAAGAGAAGAUGAUGACUCAAGAAAAUCAACAUUGCCUAAGAAAUCUAGAGACCCUUUCCUCUCUGAGAGGAUCUCUUCGCUCACCGCCUCUCUCCAUACUCGCAGCGAAAAAAAGACCAAAGGCAAGCUGUCUAAACAGAGUCUAAGAGUAAAGAAGAAAGCCCAGAAACCAAGUACAGGCCGAACAAGCAAGUCCCAGCGUCGAAGAAUGACAGGCAAAGGCCAUCGUGUUCAAGACUGAUGACCAAAAGGAAAGGAAGGUGGUGAUGUGAGCAGAAGCAAAUGGCUUUUCGGCAGUAUGGCUUCCUAGGAAAGCCCAUUUUAUACAAAUUGUGACUCCAUUGUUGGAGAAUGGCUGUUGAGCUGCAGAAGUCUCCUGAACUAAUCCAGGAGUUGAGGAAUGUUGGGUAAUCUCUUUGUCUUGCACAAAGACUUUCUGCCCCUAAGUGCGCAAGCACACUUCUCCAGGUACAGUGCUCCUGAGGAAGUUUGCUUGUACUGUGUAGGGCUCUCUCAGCAUAACUUUUUUUCCCUCCUGUGACAGAAAGGGAGAGUGCUUCCUUCUCUGCCUAUCCAGGUGUGGAUGACAGCCAGAUCCAUUUAGUGUCACAAGUCUCCUGGCAGGGUCCACUUGGCAUUCGUGUUCUUGCUCUUGCAUGAAUGGUUUUUCACCUCUGUGAUAUCCCAGACCAUCCCUACCAGGAAAUCUGGUGCCAUGGGUUCUUACUGUACAACACCGUGUUCCAGUGGGUGAACAGACACAGUAAUAGUUCUUCUGAGGUAUUUCUGUUGUUGAUAAAUAAAUUUUGUAACAAAA